AUGGAAACCACCAACAAAAGCCAAAAACGGAAAAAAUCAGAUGCAGAGAACAAAAAGCAAGCAAGAAGGGCAGAAAAUGAAAAACUUGGAUCGUUCAUGAAAAGCUAUUUCACAAAAUCAAGCAAUUCAUCAUAUGGAGACGAUGCUUCCAGUAAUGACCAAGAGGCUCUAAAUACUGCAGGAGACAAAAAGACGGAAAGCAUAGAUGUAAAAGAUGGUAUAUAAAAUGCAAGCCCAGACAAGCCAUGUGAUGUGGAUGACAAAAACGACAUAGAAGAUGAGGUCGAAGUGGUUCAAGAUCCUGUAAGUCUUCCAGAGUUUGAUAGCGGGCGCGAAGUUUGUUAACUUUUAUAGUUUUAUUGAAAGAAAACGCUUUAAAAUGGCUUCAUAUUUACAAAUAUGCCUUUUACAAAACAUGCAACGAACAACGAACGUUUUUCAAUAAUGUUCUCACGUGUUAAGGUCACGUGUCAUUCUUUAUCAAUGAAUGUCAACAAUGUUCCUAAUUUAUCCUUAUAUGUUCAUAUGUAUACUAGUAUAUCCUAACAAAGUUAGUGAAGGGAACGUUUGGGACGACGAGAUGGACGUGCAAGAAUCUGCAGUGUCUGGUGUAGCAACUGCAUCUGAGUUUGAUCCUGAUUCAUUUGCCGAUGGUGGAAUCAUCAAAGAAUUUAAUGACAGCCGAUUUCACGAUAGAAUUACUGACUUUGAAACCGGACAUCCAGUUCCUAACGAAGCUUUGAAUACAUCAAUACCGAAUCGGGUAGAAGAAGACACAAUCAUCAUUGAACAGUGCAUGCUCCGGAGAAAUCCAGCAAUUGUAAAUGAUGGAGGGAAUGAAACCAAUGAUCACGCGUUACUUGUUGGCAUGAAGUUCGGAAUAGAGGAUAAAGAAAAGUUUUGUAAAAAUGAACCAUGUCAGCCACCCGAAUCCGUUUUAUCUGAGAGAAAAAAGAAAAUUGGAGAACCGGUACUGCUUGCAAGCGGUAUUCUUUCACGAAGAUCAAACUAGGCGCAAAUGGCUUUCAUACUCGCUAAGUAAGGGUUGUCUAUUCUGCCUCCCAUGUCUCCUAUUUUCAGAUGAAUGUUUACGAGGCGAAAACACGCGCCACAACCAAGGAAAUGCUUUUACGAAUGCUGGGUACUCGAACUGGAAGAAGCAGUACAGUAAUAUCACAAAGCACGUAAAGUCCGAAAGUCAUAUAAAUGCCAAGAUUGCUCAAGUUAUCUUUUUGCAGGGACGAUCAAUCGAUUCAUGCUUGAAGCAACAAGAAAAGACCGAAAUUUUGCGGCGGAAGAAAAAAGUCGUGGCAAACCGCAGUAUUAUGAAACGUGUUGUCGACACUGUUGUACAUUUGGGAAAGCAGGGACUUGCUUUCAGAAGGCAUCGAGAAUCGCUAAUUGAUGACCCAGAAGCAAAUAAAGGAAAUUUUCUAGAGUCGCUGAAUUACCUGUCAACCUACGAUAUAACAACUGCAAAUCAUCUUGAAAAGGUUAGAAAUCAACAAGCUAUGUCGACAAGAAAGGGCGGGAAAAAAGGUGCCAAAGGACGGGGUUCGAAACUAACUUUCCUCAGCAACGAUACGCAGAAUAAUGUGAUCAAAAUUAUUGGAAGAGAAAUCGCCUCGCAAAUUGUCAAAGAAAUCGGUAAUUGCAGAGCAUGGGAAUUAAUAGCCGACACCACACCGGAUGUCAGUCACCACGAGCAGCUUAGUAUUUGUGCAAGGAUCGUUAAUCGUAAUGAAAAUGCUCCGAGCACCUUUUGUUUUGCAAAAGAGCUUCCGGUACAAAAGCAAUGGAACUAUAUAGUCUAAUCUCAGAAACACUUGUCUCGAAAGGUGUGUCGUUUGGUAAACUCGUAGCACAAACAUACGCCGACGCUUCGAAUAUGAGCGGCUGCUGCAACGGCUUGCAAGCGAUCAUCAAGGAGAAAGUUGGAAAGCAUGUUGCUUUUGUCCACUGUUAUGCGCAUACGCUUAAUCUUGUUUUGUCCGACUCUGCAAGUGUUGAUGUUCAAGUAAUAAGCCUCUUCAAUGACCUCGAAGCCUUGUACGUUCUCUUUAGCAAGACACAAAGAAUCCAUGAUUUGUUCGAAGCUGUCCAACUGGAAGAGAACCUGAAAGUCCUUUCCCUAAAGAGACUUAAUACUGUUCGUUGGCAUUCACGCGAGUUGUGUCUAAAGGUCCUUCUCUCUCGUUAUGACUGCAUUUUAAGUGUCCUGGAAACCGUUGCGUUGGACAGUUUAAUUGAUGGAAACCCACGAAAACGAGCAUUGGCUUAUUGAAGCAGAUUCAAACAAAGCAGUUUCUGGCUACCGCGUACCUCUUUCGAGAAAUAUUUGCAUCCACUGGUCCGCUAAGCCGAUAUUUACAACGCGAUGAUGUUGAUUUUGGAAAAGCCCUGGGUAUGGUCGAAAGCACGAUCGAUGAGCUCAAUGAAUUGCGUAAAGAACCGGAGCGAAUUAUCAGAUACGUCGAGCAAAAACACGACUCCCCCAGCGUGACUUGGCAACAACCAAGAAUCAGACGUCGAAGACGAAUGGAUGAUGAAAAUGCCGAAGACGAACCUGCUGAAACACCAGAAGAUCACUGGAAACGUAACACAUUUUACGUUUCUGUGGACACGAUCUUAAAAUAAUUGAAGAAUCGGUUUGAGAAAAACCAACCCUUGCUCCAAGCUUUUUCGUUGUUUGCUCCAAGCCGUUUCCCACAACUUGUGAAGAAUUUCAAAACCGCACAUGCAUGAUCUUCAAGCGUGCCUUAACACCUUUUGUGAAACGUACAAUAUAGACGCGUUUAGAUGUGCUGACGAAUUGUUCAAUUUUGCUCGUUCUUUUGAGAAAUUCGACUGUUCAACUGUCUGCCAGCAAGAAGAUGAUGAUGAUGACGGCGAAGACGACGAGGGCGACGAUGACUAUGAUGAUGAUGACGACGAGGACAACGAUGGUUAUGAUGAUGAUGAUGACGACGACGACGAAGCCUCAAACACGUCAGCCUGAUGAGCAGAGCGACAGCGGCGCCGGUCGAGAAAGCUGAAAAAUAAGUUCCAUCUUUCUCUGAAGCUCUUUCACUCCUUUGUAACCCAGAUUAUAGUUUGGUUGAUGCGUAUCCAACUCUCUGUCGCGUUUAUGCUAUUGCUGUGGCCAUCCCAGUUAGUUCGUCGACUGCAGAGCGUUCGUUUUCUGGGGCCGGUUGUAUCAAAGGCGUUUAACUUAAACGGUGUUUAGCCGCUAUCCAGCGUAUAAAUUUCUUAUCCAGCGGAUAGUUAAACGGCCGAUAAAAUUGCGUUGUAUGAAGCCCGUUUAGUACCGCGUUUAACUAUCCGUAGGAUAACCUUUAAUUUAACUGGAGAAAACCGGAUUUUCUUGAAAUUUCUUACCUCUACGUCAGCUGUUGCUAGGCCAUUGAAUUCCACUAAGCUUUUGCAAUAAAGUUUGUUGUUGUUUUUAUUUGGAGUUUGCUCGUCCAUUCGUUGCUGCAAAUCUAUAUCAAACUUUUCAUUUUCACAUUGUGCUGAGUUUCUCAUUCACUUAAAUUCACUUGGCUUCUUUAUGCGAAGAGUCGAAGGCAAUAGCAAAAACUGUGAGUUGUAUUUGGCUUUUGUCAGUUGAUUCAGUUUUAUACUGUUUGAAAUUUGUUCCUCGACCUUGCACUUUUGUACAAAACAAUUUUAAGAACAUUUUGAACCACGUUUUGAUUGGCUGAUCAAAGCGAUUAACGCGAGCGAACAAUUUUUUUUCGACUUUCGGCGUCUUGUUGUCUAUUUUGUAUACUUGUUGGCUUUCCAAAAUCAUUGUUUGUUUUACAAUAGCUAAAAUUGCGAGUCUUAGGCCUACUGCUUGUUUUCAAACUAUAUAAUAGAAGAAAAGAAGAAGAAAAAGCCAGAGUAUAUAUACUUAACAUCUAAACAUGACACUGGUGUGCGUAUUAAAAUAUAGCAAAGCCACGGAAUUACAAGUGAGCAAGUGACUUCAGUGUACCUCAAGACCAAGCCAGUUAAAAGUGAGUUUUUCAUGUUUAUUGGAUUUAAAAAGAUAACUCCUCUACAUGAUUGUGCAUUUUUAUAACUAUCCCAUGCUUUUUCAUCCGAAAUAAUCAUUGUUUUAUCUUCAAACUCCAAGUUUAUCCGCCGUAUAGCGAUUUAAACGGUCUCAAGAGACCGUGUAAGUUUACACGGUGGAUAGGCAAAAUUUAACCGGUGGAUAGCGCUAAACGGGCUUGAUACAACAGAGGGCCCCCUAUACCUCUUCACAAUAUGCUUUCACGUAAAAAUAUUUUGCCUUUUCACGAGUCACGGAUUAAGAAAAUCAUCGAUCACGUUUCACGGCUAAGUAAAAUAAGCCCUUCACGCUUCACGCAAAAAGUAUAGGGGGCCUGAUCACGUUUCACGGCUAAGUAAAACAAGCCCUUCACGCUUCACGCAAAAAGUAUAGGGGGCCCUCACAACACGCCUUUGAUACAACUGGCCCCUGCACUCUAAAGGGCGAAGACUCGCAUUCGCUCAUCCAUGGAGACUUGAAUCAUUGCUUCCAAUGUGAAUUGAACGUAAAAUUUUGCUCAAAUGCGAUAAAGAACAUCUCAUUAACCUGUACGCAGGGCUUUCUCCCAAACUGUCAAAAGCUCUACUUUGACUAGCAUUUGGUUCAUUGGUUGUCUUUUAAAACUGUACAUGUGAUAUUAUGCUCAAUUUGCAUAAACUAUAGCUUAUAGUCUAUACGUUAUUGACAUUUGACCCGGAACAAAAUUAUGUUCUCUCAUUAUUGGCGUAUGAUAGUAAAAAUUGUAUUAUAGUAUAAUUACAUUCGUUGAUAAUAUGCUACAACAAAACCUGACUAACGUUGUUUUAGAUUAGUACUUGGUGCCGGUAAACUGUUUCACAAAAUGUGUUCUCAGAAUGCUGGAAAUGCCAUUUCACAGACCUACCAGACCCUUCUAGUCCCUCGUGCCUAUGACACUUGAUGUGUAAACUCGCAAUAAUUUUCGGAACGGGGGGGGGGGCGCAAGAAUUGAGAUAACUCUUAGGGGCGACAAAUUUAACACUGCCCCCCUAGAAAUUUUCGAGCCACCACGCCACUGAUAAAGCCUAGUUUCCAUUUGGUCGUUAGUUGUCGCUGGCACGACAAGUAGCUGAUGUAAUAGAGUGUCAACAAAAAACUCUGCAAUCAUUAAGACUGAUUUGCAUAUCACACAAAAGACUAUUAUUAUAUUAGACUGGCACAUCUACCGCUUGUCGCGUCAGCGACAACUAACGACCAAAUGGAAACUAGGCUUAAGCGAUAAGUACGUAGAUUACUGUAAGGAUAUGAGAUGUAACGUGGGAUCUCGAAAACUAGUUGCAUUCUUGCCGUGUUAGCAUUAAAUUAAAUUAAACAAGUUGUUAAAGCGAAUGCAAUUAUAAUGAUUAUAAAGCCGGGAAAAUUAUUAGAAUUUUAAUUUUGCUCUCCGGGUUUUUGAUAAAACCUCACAGUUUUUUAAGUGCUAAAAAGCGAAAUCUCCCUCUUUUAAAAUUUCAAGGUUGACAGGUCUGUACAAGCAUUGGACUAAACUGUGUGUGUGUGUGUUCAUAAUUUUGUCCCUUUUGGACGCCCAUACUGUAGUGCUGAAGGAACUCAGAAGUUCACUGCUUGCAUUUGUUAUGUUGAUUAUAUACAUAGCUUUUUGUGUUUCUUUUCAGUUGUACUUCAUGUAAUUUAGUCGGCAGCAAUUAUAUGGGGUCGCAUAACAAAGUUCACACAAUUGAAAUAAAUUUAACUGUAGAUAAACAACCGCGUAACUGAUUAACUGUUGGUGUUAAUAAAACACUUGCAUUCAGCUUUGCAAUACUCGAUCUCCAGCAACGACAUAUAGUCAUAAUACGGAAAUGCUGCAUACACUACACUCAUUGAAGAUGAAACAAUAAGUCAAGCCUGCAUGGUUUCCAAUAUGCCUUUAUGGUCGUAAAAAUUGAGUCACAAUCUUUCUCAUCAGCUGAAAUACAACAUUGUAGAACUGAAAAUACGCGGAGUGUCGGGGUGAUAAAAACUAGCGAAUACUUAUGAUUUAUAUGUGGUUCACAAGCGGUAUAAACUAUUAUAAACUGGCCGUUGAGAAAGAUCGUGACUCUUAUUACGACCAUUAUACGACCAUAUGGAAACCAGGACACAGUAUAGGGAGACAACCAGUAGGGCCACUUAGGGGAGAGAAAAGUGGCAAUUAUUUAAGCUAGGUUCCAGGUGUCUUACACGGCCAAAAUCGUUAUUCUGUAGUACAAUUUUAUAGUGGACUGCUGCCAUUUACUGGCUGCCAAUAUGUAAAUUAGGUUGGCAGCCAGUAAACAAUGUAGACACUUCUUUACGCUGAGUGGCCCUACUGUACUUUUCCUAUACUGUGACCAGGAUUUAUGAAGCCAAUUCACGGUAGUAAUUACCGCAAUAUUCUAAUCAAAGUGAAAUGUUUUAACUAGAAGACCCCUCGUGCACCCAUGUCACUGACUCAAAUAUGUUAUUAGACAAACUUUAUAAAGCAUGUUUAGUGUCCAACUUAAAAUUCCGUUUCUUAUCAGACUUUUCUUAUCAUAUAGACUGUGUUUGUGUUUUAUUGCUUUAUAGACUAACUAAAGGUUAAACUUCAGUGGUUCAUAGCACAUAUAUAUAGUUCAUGCAAUACUUGAUAACCAAGCCUUAAAGUGAUCCCCAAAAAUUUGUCGGCUCAGCGCGAUGUCGUUUACGAGUCAAAUUAUUUUAAAGCCAAAAUAUCCGCCAUUUUACCUAAGCUAAAAUAUACGUCAUUGUUGCCAUUGCAGCGCAGUUGCGUAAUUUUUGUGAGAAGAUGAUUCAAAGCAUUUGGAUGUUGUUUUACAUCAGUGUAGUUUCAGUAAGAUACUUUUUGUUUUUCAGCAAGCAUGCAAUAAUUCUCCAAAAAUACGGAUCUAAAUCGUGAAUUAUCCAUUUUAAAAAACUAUAUCGAGCCACCUUAAUUGAACAAACAGUCGAUUAGUCUUUCGAGUUUUGUAUUCCUUUAUUCCUUUUCAAUUUAACUUAAUAUCCGCCGCAGCGAAGGUCGCGUAUAUCCUUAAGAACUAUGAUUUAAUUUAGAUCUGAUAUAGUUUCACUGCUUGCAUUUGUUAUGUUGAAUAUAUACAUAGCCUUUUGUGUUUCUUUUCAAUUAAACUUUUCAAUCGGCAGCAAUUAUACGUUGUCGCAUAACUCGACUUGUGAGGUAUUACAAUUUAAACCGGACCCAAAUUCACACAAUUUAAAUAAAUUUAAUUGUAGAUAAACAAGCGUAACUGUUAUAUAGUAUUAAUAAAAUACUUGUAGCUUUGCAAUGCUCGAUCUUCAUGCAGCAAUGACAUUUAGUUAUAAUACCAGGGAAUUGCUGUAUAUGCAUGCAUACAUGCAGCACUCAUUGAAGAUGAAACAAUAAGUUCUGCAUGAAUAUGUUUAAAUGCAUGGUGUUCUAUUGUAUACCGCUGAUGUUUAAUAUACUGCAUAUAACUUUGUCAUUAUGACAGAAUUAUAGUAUAUAGCACUAUAAAGAGAUACGAUCGAGAGACGGCAUUAAUAAGAAUUUGGAUUAUCUUAAGCGGCUGCAUCGUUAUACAGGGUGUCUCAAAAAAACCCAAAAUCAUUGAAAUUGACGUAUUGUUCGAUAUUCAAUGCCCUAGCACUAAGUUAAUCCCACGAGUGCAUAAAAGAUUGACAUAACUGCUAUAAUGAAUGGUAAUACUCAGCGUAAACUUGUUAUGUCAGGCAUAAAGUACUAAACCCACGAAUUUACGAAGCAUUUUUAAAUUCCCAUGAGCAAACAAACGUUCACUUUACAAAGAUAUUUUAAUUUUUUAAAACAAAUUAAUCACCCUGUCAAAAUCCUUUGUGUUACGGCAUUGAAAUUCGAACAAUACGUUAUUUCAAUGAUUUUGGUUUUUUUUGAGACACCCUGUAUAUAUAGGCUACCAUCGUUACUACCACCGACGUUUGAGAAACGUGCAUGAUUCAUCCAGAGUCCUAACAACUUUCGUUGCGUUACAGACAAAGAAAAGAAAACAUUACCAAAUUAUUAUAGUCCAACAAGUCUUUAUAUUUGGGUUGCAACGUCGCAUAGCUACUCAAAACUAAGACACGAAAUGUUGAACAUGAAAUACAAUGAAUAUAGACCAUAAAGGCUAAUUUUCACUCAGGAAAAUUAUCCGUGGAUAGGAACGGACAAGAAAAUUUUUCUUUGUCUUGUGAGCUCUGGGUUGGAACUAAUGACUUUAACACAAAGAGAAAUUUUCUUGUCCGUUCCAAUCCACGGAUAAUUUUCCUGAGUGGAAACUAACCUUAAUUAAAGGCUAGUUUCCACUCAGGGAAAUUAUCCGUGGAUUGGAACGGACAAGAACAUUUUUCUUUGUGUUACAGUCAUUAGUUCCAACCCAGAGCUCACAAGACAAAGAAAAAUUUUCUUGUCCGUUCCAAUUCACGGAUAAUUUUCCUGAGUGGAAACUAGCCUUAAGACUUCUGCUGAAGGAAAUCGAAACUUCAUGCACUGUUUGUAUUUGUUAUGUUGAGCAAAUAGUCCAUUUUGUCUUUUGUAUUCCCUUUGAAUUUAACUUGGGUUAAAGUUCAGUGGUUCAUAGCACAUUAUAUAGUUCAUGCAAUACUUGAUAACCAAGCCUAAUUAAAGUGAUCCCCAAAAAUUUGUCGGCUCAGCGCGAUGUCGUUUACGACCUAAAUUAUUUUAAAGCCAAAAUAUCCGCCAUUCAUACCAAAGCCAAAAUAGACAUCAUUGUUGCCAUUGCAGCGCAGUUGCGUAUAACUUUUGUGAGAAGAUGAUUCAAAGCAUUUGGAUGCUGUUUUACAUCAGUGUAUAUAUAGUAUCAGUAUAAGAUACUUUUUGUUUUUCAGCAAGCAAUAAUUCUCCAAAAAUACGGAUCUAAAUCGUGAAUUUUCCAUUUUAAAAAACUAUAUCGAGCCACCUUAAUUGAACAAACAGUCGAUUAGUCUUUCGAGUUUUGUAUUCCUUUAUUCUUUUUCAAUUUAACUUAAUAUCCGCCGCAGCGAAGGUCGCGUAUAUCCUUAAGAACUAUAUUUAAUUAAAAUUACGUGCGAAAGUCAAGACAAGAUAAAGCUGAAAUAAGUUUCUGGUAAAUGCAUGCAUCAUUGUUUAAUAUUUAUAAAAUACUUUCAUGGUUUUCAGUGACAUACAUAAGUCAUAGACAUAAUACAGGAUUGCAUGGUAUUUUAUGCACCGUCCCAUAUAUAUAGCCCCUAAAAAUGAAUACAAAAUAUUGACCUACUUGAAGUCAAUGAAGAAAUUAAAGACUAGCUGAUAUAGUGCUGAAGGAACUCAGAAGUUCACUGCUUGCAUUUGUUAUGUUGAAUAUACCAGGUGAUCUUGGUACGCGGAAAAGUACUGGCACUAGUUGUCACAUAGAAAUCCAUUUUAUGAUUAAAACAACUGAAUAUCUCCUGUAAUAUACUUUAUUUCGAUUCCAUAUUUUUGUCAGACCUAUAGUUCCCAUAACCAAACAUAAUUACAAAAUUUCAAUUAGUUUCAUAAAGAAUAAUGAAAGAUAUAAUUGACUGAAUACAUCUAAAUGGAUUUCUAUUCGGACAACCCUUUCUGAGCGCUGAUUGGCUAAAAUACAAACACGAGAUCACCUGGAUACAUAGCCUUUUGUGUUUCUUUUCAAUUAAACUUUUCAAUCGGCAGCAAUUAUACGUGGUCGCAUAACUCGACUUGUGAGCUAUUACAAUUUAAAGACCCAAAUUCACACAAUUUAAAUAAAUUUAGUUGUAGAUAAACAAGCGUAACUGUUAUAUAGUAUUAAUAAAAUACUUGUAGCUUUGCGAUGCUCGAUCUUCAUGCAGCAAUGACAUAAUAUAGUUAUAAUACCAGGGAAUUGCUGUAUAUGCAUGCAUACAUGCAGCACUCAUUGAAGAUGAAACAAUAAGUUGUGCAUGAAUAUGUUUAAAUGGUGUUCUAUACCGCUGAUGUUUAAUAUACUGCAUAUAACUUUGUCAUUAUGACAGAAUUAUAGUAUAUAUCACUAUAAAGAGAUACGAUCGAGAGACGGCAUUAAUAAGAAUUUUAAGAUUAAGAUUAUCUUAACCCGGCUGCAUCAUUCCUUAUAUAUAUAGGCUAACAUCGUUACUACCACAGACGUUUGAGAAACAUGCAUGAUUCAUCCAGAGUCCUAACAACUUUCGUUGCGUUACAGACAAAGAAAAGAAAACAUUACCAAAUUAUUAUAGUCCAACAAGUCUUUAUAUUUGGGUUGCAACGUCGCAUAGCUACUCAAAAUCAAGACACGAAAUGUUGAACAUGAAAUACAAUGAAUAGAUCAUAAAGGCUAAUUUUCAUUCAGGAAAAUUAUCCGUGGAUAGGAACGGACAAGAAAAUUUUUCUUUGUCUUGUAAGCUCUGGGUUGGAACUAAUGACUUUAACACAAAGAGAAAUUUUCUUGUCCGUUCCAAUCCACGGAUAAUUUUCCUGAGUGGAAACUAACCUUAAGACUUCUGCUGAAGGAAAUCGAAACUUCAUGCACUGUUUGUAUUUGUUAUGUUGAGCAAAUAGUCCAUUUUGUCUUUUGUAUUCCUUUUGAAUUUAACUUGUAAUUUCCGCCGCAGCGAAAGUUGCGUCUAGGCUGUGAAGCACUGAAUGUCAAAAUUCACAACCGCAAAACUUUGACCUCCAAGCGCAAAAACCACAAUGCAUGGGCAUGUUUGUUUUUAUGACAUUUGGUUCUGCAUGCAUGUGAGCACUAUAUUCUAUAAUAGUUGUGUUUUCCUAAUUUAAAUUAAACUACGGAGUGUCAGAAUUAUGAAUUGCAUACUGUAUAGCUACAUGUCCAUUGUGCUUUUCGCGCUUAGAAGUCGCGAGGUUUUGAGUUUUGACUUUGAAACUGAAAAGACAAUCUUAACUAAAUAGGUUAUCAUAUACGCAUCGCUUUUAACAAAGACUACCAUGUUGAGAUGCUGAAGGAAGACGAUGCAUGCUUCACUGUACGUUCACAGCAUGUAUUUUGGUAACGAACCAAUCGUUUUCGUUCUUCAACAAUUGAUUGAGCUAUAACUAUACAGCGCCCUUUUGGUUUUUUUUUUUUAACCUGGCUGGGCCACUGUGCAUAUAAGCAGGUGUGUGUUACCAUUUCUGGCAUUCGCUGUUCUGCACCGAGAAGUGAACAUUAAGGGGAAUAUAGAGAACUACAUUGCUUCUAAAGGUAAUAUCGCUUUAUUGUUGAUAUUUUCUUGUGCAGAAAGAUUUGAGUGGCAAUGUAUAGAUUUGAGUUACUAUGAAUGUUAUUUUUUUUAUCAUUGUUUUUGUAGAAUUGGAGGUUCACCUCGAUUCACUGAUCGAAGAUGUAUAUGAUAAAGCUCGCUUUUGCAGUUUUAUUGUUCGGGAUUGUCUGUUCAGCUUUUAACCCGAACAACUUUUACAAUUUCGAUGAAGACAACGAUUACCGAGAAUUUUACCAAACCGAAAACUUCAAUCAGCCCGAUUACUUUCAAGACUUUGGCACAGAAUUUGAAGAUGACGAAUUUGGGGAGAUUGAAGCAAUCCAAGGCCAUGUGAAGUACCAAGACGCGGCUCGUGAUGUAUUGUUGAAAUUUGCUGCGCAACUGCGGAAAGGCAAGAACGUCACCAAUGCAUUCUUUAAAGUCAUUGACAAAUUCGAAAAAGGAAUUGCUGAGUUUCAUGCUGCCCUACGUCGGAGAACUGUUAAGCCGGGGACGAUUUCGAACAUUAAAGACUUUAUUAAGGAAGCUGCUAAAGACCGAACAACGAACACAAAAAUCAUUAGAGAACUGACAUCACAAGGGUUGUUCAUGGCCCAAAGGGAAGAAAAGUCGGGGGUAAGGAAACGAAGAGAUGACUCUCUGAUCCUUAGAGCUGCUGAGUUUUUAAACAGUACAAAAGAAGAAAUCGGCGAAGAAGCAUUUGACGAUUCCUUGAGUAUCAGUGGACAGGUAACCUUAAUGUUCGCCAUUGAUGUUACAUACAGUAUGGCAGGUGAAAUUAAAGCAGCCAUUGCAAUAUCAGAACAGAUUGUUAAAUCUAAGCGAGAUGAGGAUGUGGAUUAUAUCCUAUCGCCGUUUGGCGAUCCAAGUAAGUUAUCAGUUGUUGCAGCUAAUUUUCAAUUGUGCGGAGGGCAUGUGGGUGAGUGGGUGGGUGGGUGGAUGGAUGUCGUUGCGGUCGUGUUUAUAUUCAAUGAUAUGAAAUAUAGUGUGGAGUUAACAUUAUGAUACCGUAACACUAUCAUACAAUAUAUACUGUACAGAAUUUCAAGAUCGAUUCAAUUUAAUGCAGAUAGUAAUUCCACUCACUUGAUGAAUUCUCUUUAUAGAGAUGACACAUACCUACGCAUUCUUACAAACGCAAAGCUCGAGUUAUAAUAAUAUUAAUAAUAAUUUAUUAAUUUAUACCGCGCUAAAACUAUACAAUAUUCUAAAGCGCUUAAUUACAUAAAAUAGGAAGCUAAUUUUAAAAUUUCCCUACGUUAUUACUCAACAUUUAAGUACUAUAAGCAUCUAUUUAAAAAUAUUUAAAAACAAGAAGUAUUAUUAAUGUACGCAUCUCUAUACAGAAAUGUCUUAAGAUUUGUCUUAAAAGAAUCCAACGAAGGUGAAAGCCGAAUCUCACACGGUACUAAGUUCCAUAGAGUAGGUCCUGCUUUCAAAAAGGCACGAUCACCAAAAGACUUUCUACGUGUGCUUGGAACAUGAAGAAGCCCUAGUUCGUCCGAUCUCAAAGAGUAGUUAUUACUUUGUUUAUAAGUCAACAUGUCACGAAUAUAUUUGGGAGCCAGUCCAUGUAGAGCUUUAUAAACCAACAGUACGAUCUUGAAUUUUACACGGUAUUUAACCGGUAACCAAUGCAGUCUCAUUAAUGUAGGUGUAAUAUGAUCAAACUUAGGUACGAGACAUACAACACGAGCAGCAGCGUUUAGCACUUUCUGCAAUCGAUUUAAUUGAUAUUUUGGAAUUCCAUACAGCAAAGAAUUGCAAUAAUCCAAAUGGGAUGUAAUAAAUGCAUGAACUAAAAUUUUGGUAGCAUCGUCAGUUAAGUAUUUCCUGAUUUGUUUGAUAUGUUAUAUGUUAAUUACUCGCUGGGGCACCUGUGCCCAGGCGAGUAUAGGUUUCGAGUACAGUAUUCUCGUACCCAGAGCCCUUCUUACGCGCGGUGCGACGAGGGGCUCUGGCCAAAUCCAAAACCGGAUACCAUAAAAACAUUGUAAAAGAAUAUAUCCGGUAUUAGAACAAUAACCUUCGUUGUAGCCAAUCAGAUGUCAGUUUGAUAUGGAUUUAGCCAGAGCCCCUCGUCGCGCUCCGUUGACCGCGCGUAAGAAGGACUCUGGGUACGAGAAUGGUUUCGGCAUGGAUCGGCAAUCUCCAAUCGUCGAUAGCCACAAAAUAGAAUAUUAAUGAUCUGCCAGUUUUUACCCCAAUUAUCCAUAAAUACCCUACGUUUUGAGAAAAAUUCAAGAACUUUACUAAAAAAAGCCAAAGCUGCUGUUUGAUGUUUAUUUUAAAGUGGCACUGUCAUUAAAAUUUUUAUUUUCUUAAAUGAAAACGCUCUUAAAACUGUAUAGUAGAAGAUUUUUGUUCCCAUGCUUAGUUCUUGAGAUAUUUCAUUUUGUUUGUAACCAUGUGACGUCAUUUACUCAAUUACAUAUAUAAUGAGAUAGUAAUUCUUGUGUAUCCUUGCUAUUUUUUAUCAAAAUCUUUUCAAAGAUGCGGCACGUUUGUUAAUUUAACCUAGAUCAUUAAGCAACUGGUUUUUUUUUAACAAAUCCAUAAAAAAUAGCAAAGAUACCCAACAAUUACUGAUAUCUCAUUAAAUAUGUAAUUGAGUAAAUGACGUCACAUGGUUACAAACAAAAUGAAAUAUCUCAUGAACUAAGCAUGGGGACAAAAAUCUUCAAAACAAGUUACUAUGCAGUUUUAAGAGCAUUUUCAUUUAAGAAAAUAAAAAUUUUAAUGACAGUGCCACUUUAACCAAUAUGAAUAUGUUUAACUUUUUUUUUAAACUGCUUUUUUACGGUAUCGAGGAUUCAAAGACAAGAAUUAUGAAUUUAGAGAUCUAUUAAAGCCAAAUAAAUCCUGUUAAGCAGUCAAAAUGACAUCUUAUAGCCCGACAAAGACAGAAGUACAAAGACAGCGAUGCAUCGAGUUUAUAUUUCAUGCAAUUAAAUUGUUCCUGUAUAAGACUGCUAAGUGGCAACUAUGCUUUUAUAAUAACAGAGUAAAGACCAGACACAGUACUAAAGAUUUCCCAUUACUCAUGUUUCCCAAAACGCAGGUUUCCCAUUACCCAGAUGUUCCAUUCUCUAAUCUUCCAUUCGUCAGAUUUUCGAUCCUUCUGGUUUUCCAUUUCCCAGAUUUCUCAUUUGCCGAGUCUUCGUUUUCCAGAUUUCCCAUUCCUUGAUUUCCGCAUUCCUUCGAUUUUUUCCACAAAUUACCCAUUUCUCAGCUCUAUCAUUCCAUGGAUCCGGGUAUUUGUUAAAGAAGGGUAUUUGUUAAGGGAUUUUUGUAUAAACGUGUCUGAAACGAAGGCUGUAUCCAAGUGCCCUAUAGAAGUUCAAUCGUUGCCUGGGCAAAUUGAUGCAGGCAAGGGGGUGGUUGGUAUUACAACAGCUAUGGUUUUUACUGAUGAUAUGACUAAUAUAACUAAGAGUGAAGACAUAGUAUCGGUUGCUGAUACUUCGACACUUGAAGACCUGGAAGUCUUUAUUGACAGUUUAUUUUACAAUACGAUUGUAUUGCCGAAUUUGGGGGAAACAAUUGAUAUGUCUACACCAAACCAGCAGCGUAUUAAUGAUAACUUGGCUGGAGUGGAGGCACUAUUUGUUACAUUCAAAGAAAAAAUUGAAUCUCAAAUGCAAAAUUUAGCAGCCAAACUUUCUGAACAAAGUAUUACAACAAGUAAACAAGAAUUAUGCAGAUUAAGUAAAGAAAAUUUGAAUUUAAAAUCACGCAUUGGUGAAUUGGAAGCGAAGGUUCUUUCUAUGUAUAAAUCCCACCGAUUCCCACGUGAGUAUAAGCAAAACCCUCAUGCUGAAUCAAUUAAGGAAAAUCCAUUGAACUCAAGUAUAAAUGUGAAUGGCAUUAUUAUUGAUUUCCCUACCAUAUCCCCUACCGCCACAGUCCCAGAAUAAGCAGCAUAAGAAUACUAAUCACCCUGACUUAAGGCCUACCCAACAACCUCCGAAGCAUACCAUACCAUGUCCAUUUCUUUGUAAACGAGGCUGGUGCACCAAAGACAACUUUUGCGAUUUUUCCUACCAAAUCAACCCCAUAUACACUAAACCCCUUCCACCAAAACAUCAGGUGCAGUAAAAAGGGCACAUGUGAUUUCUCAUACCUCGCCCCACUUAUUCACGACCUAUUUCGCACUGUUCCUCCUGCUUUUUUUUGUUGGUUCCAGAGUGUCCCAUCCAACCCCAAACCAUUUCCCUUGAGGAUGCUACGCCCAACAUACCCUCCCCAACCAGUAACGCAAGCCCCAGUUCACCUACACGUCCACCCACCCAUCCCAACAUACCCUCCCCAACCAUUAAUACAAGUCCCAGUCCACCUACCUAUCUGCGCGUCACGCUUGUGAAUUCGAAUCCAGAUAAAUCACCUUCUUCCCAUGUCCCAUAUAACUCUCAAUUAGUAACUUCCUUGUCCUCUCCAACCAAAUUAUAUUUUGACCCUUCCUGUCUUUUAUCUAAUGUAUGUCAUUGGCCCCAAUUAAAGAUUGACGAGGUUGCUCUAACGAUAGAACAAGAAGAUAUAGAUAUGGCUUUUCUAACAGAGACGUGGCUAAGACAAUCUAUUCCAAAUAAUCCAAUUAACAUAGCGGGAUACCAAUUGUUUCGAAGAAAUCGUAUGAAUAGACUCCAUGGUGGGGUUUGUUUAUACGUAAAAUAGCUGGCUGGUCAUGUCAUCAUUUUGUACAGCUUAAUGGCAACUUUAUGUUAGAAGGCAUUUUCUCUUAUAGUUCAAGCCUUGGUGAACACGACUAUGUGUGUUACCACUUCUGACUUUUGUUUUAUAGCCGAAAAUUUGAGAAUUUUAAAAUUUUGCCUAUUAAAUUACUAUGAUGGCAAAAAUUGUAAAAUCUCGUGUUCUCUUAUACGAAAAAUAAACUAUACCACUAGAAAGAUCGCAAAAACUAUAUAUAUAAGACAAUUAAGCGAGUUCUACGUUUUUCGAAUCCUAUUUCGUCAAUUUCGAGUUUUCAAUGCUAAAAAUGCGGAAAUGACCAAAUUAAUGCUAAUAAGUACCCAUUUUGCCAACUUUAACCAUCUUUAAUUCAGAACCGGCUUGAAAAAUCGCACUAGUCGCUUAAUUGUCUUAUUUUUAGUUUUUGCGAUCUUUCUAGUGGUAUAGUUUAUUUUUCGUAUGAGAGAACAUGAGAUUUUACAUUUUUUGCCAUCAUAGUAAUUUAAUAGGCAAAAUUUAAAAAUUCUCCAAUUUUCGGCUAUAAAGCAAAAAUCAGAAGUGUUAACACACAGUCUUGUUCACCAAGUCUUAAACUAUAAGAAAAUGCCUGUUCCAGCUUCUAGCAUAAAGUUGCCAUCAACUCUCUUGAGAGGCACUUUUUGUCACCUUGGCCGGCCCACUAAAAAAAUCUAUCGAAAGUAAAAUAUUGACUGAUCUUCACAAUGACGACCCGAAGCUCUAUGGUCCCUAUUACGACCAAAACGCCUACCUUGAGGAUUCUCGCAUAUUAUAGCUUCUGUCGUCUAUCAUCCACCCGAUGCCGACAAUAACGCAAUGAAGGAAAAUCUUAAAAACUCAUUGGAAUUUAUCGAGUCAAAUUAUUUAAAUAGCGCUGUAAUCCUAGGUGGUGAUUUUAAUAAACUUUGUUUCAAAUUUUCAGCAAAGUACUUUCAUUUAAAACCAUGCAUUAUAAACUUUCCUACAAAAGGCAAUAAUACCUUAGAUCAGAUUUUUACUAAUUUACAAGAUUUUUACAUGGCACCAAAUAGAAGUUGUCCACUUGGAAUAUGUGAUCAUCUCACAAUUACUGUUUUCCCAGCAAUACGGCAAAAAAUUCCGAAAAAAGAACAAUAAAAGUGCGCGAUAAAAGAAGAAGUAAUGUCUCUAGUUCUGGCCGGUUCUUCCAGAACGUCCCGUUGGAAGAUAUUAUAUCAUCAGUUCAAAAACCAACUGUAAACAAGUUGGACACUAUUAUACGAGUUGGACACUAUUAUGCCAAAAAGAUCCGUUAAAGUGCAUGCUACUGACCCCCCAUGGAUGACAAAUAAUUUCAAACGACUAAUCAAUAAAAGAGAGAAAGCAUUUGCAAUAGGCAACAAACCUUUGUUUUAAUUUUUACGAAAUAAAGUCAACCGUGAAAGAAAACGAUGCCGUAAGAUAUAUUAUAAUACUAAAGUGCAGGAUCUCAAAAAUUUGCUGCAGGGCAUCAUCGGUUUUGGCAGGGCAAUUUUGGCAGACACCCCCCGAAUUAAAAGGGGCUAGUUUCGCCCCUGAUCAAAAGAAAUCGAACGAAUUCAGAAAAGAGCGCUAAGAAUCAUUUAUCCAUACAUGUACUUUACGAGAAACGAAUAAGGCUGUUCAUAAUUUCAGAACAAUUAGGAAAUAUAAUCUCUCAAAAAUUAGAACUAAUAGCUUUAAGGACUCUUUUAUCCUUAUUUUUAAUCUUGUAUAUAUAUAGCUUAAUUUUUAUAUAAAGUGUCCAUUUUAUAAAUUCUAUAUAUAUCCAAUCAAUUGUAAUUCAGCCUUAGGACUGCAAUAAUUGAGUUAUUAAACGAUUCAUCUAUCUGAAUUUCUAUGCUCCAAAUUUCCCAUUGCUUUGGUCUUCCAUUCCCCGGAUUUCUCAUUCCGCGUUUCCACUAUUUCUAUGUCCCCAUUGUUCGACUUCGGGUUUCUAUUCCCCAAUUUCUCUAUUAGAGAGCUUUAUUAACUGGAAUUCUAUACCGAAAGAAAUUAGGGAAAGCAAGUCACUUUCUUCCUUUCGAAAUAAAAUCGCUGCUCACAUUAGUGCUUGGUAACAGUUUUGUAAAUAUAAUUUACCUGUAAAUAGCUCAAAAUAUUUGUUAUAUCUUUUAAACUUAUAUGUUACUGUAAAUAACUUAGCUUAUCAUUAUCAUAUUCUACAUGUAAAAUUAUUUUCUGGCACACGAAACCCCCCCCCCCCUCCCCCCGUGGAAAUCAGCUACGGUUGACGUGGUCAGCGUGUAUAAAUAAAGUAUUACUACUACUAUUAACCAAGCGACGUUUUUGACAACGCGGAUAUCACCCGUACGUAAUUAUGCCCUCAAUGUAGUUUCACGUUCGUGAUUUCAAACAAGAACGGCUACAAAAAUGGCGAAUCAAAAAUUGCUAAAGCUCUGUGUUCCCUGAGUCCUCUCGUUCCCCAACUCAUUCUCGUUUGUAUGUUUAUAAUUCUGUGCUCAAUUAUAACUUUAAAUGCUUAGGUGUAAGCUAAAAUAUUAUAUAAACCGUUGUGUUUUUUGGAAUUAUCUUAUCAUUGUUGUUCCUUCUUUUCGGCAGAAACUGGUCCUGUCACAAAAAAUAGUAAAACAGAAGGAGAAAAAUUCUUGAAAGCUUUACGAGCAUUAAGAUUGGGUAGUGGUGGUGACUGUCCAGAACUGGCCUUUACAGGAAUGAUAAACGCGCUGGAUGCAGGUCCUCUACCAGGCUCGUCUAUGUUUGUGUUCACAGACGCUCCUGCCAAAGAUGCUAGUGAAGACUACAAGGAUCUUGUGCGUGAUCUUGCAUUCGACCGGGGUGUUAAAAUAAAUUUCUUUACUACACGUGGUUGUGGUCCAUCGAAUGUUCUUCGGCCAUUCCGUGAUGUUGCCAGCGAAACAGGUGGAUUUGUCUACCCAAUGAAAACAACUUUAGAUCUGAAACGGCUUGGUAAAUUAGUUGCAAGUUCUCUAACAGGAUUCGUUUCGAUAGACUCUGGAACUGGGUGUUCAAGCUGUCGCAGAAAAUGGAGUAUUACACCUAUGAAAUACUCAAUAUCAGUCGACGAUUCUAUUGAAAAAAUUUCCAUUUCUGUAACAACUGAGCAUUCAGUGACUGGUAUAAACUUAAUUGAUCCGACCGGAAAGGUUGUCAAAGCAGGCCGCGUGGAUUUAACUAAAGGCGUUGUUUAUGACAUAGAAAGCCCAAUUACAGGUGUAUACAAGCUGAUAGUACCAGCUAGUGCAGGAGAACAUAAGUACAGGGUGAGUGGUGUCAGUGGAAGCAAUAUCGACUUUGGUCAUUACUAUGUAGCAAUUGCAAAUUGUGGUACUCGUAUUCCUGUUCCUUUAGAUCAACCACUCCAAGGUAAGUUAACGUUGUUUCUUAGACGCGUGUUCGCGUCUCUAUAAGAGCGUGUGUCUGACCGUCAGUCUUUAUCCCUACAUAUGAAGGAAAAUUUGAAUUAAUGCUUGUCGGACCUACCUCCUUAUCCAUUCUCUUAACGAAUUGCUCGUUAUUUGAAAGGGAUUAAUAAAGGAAGAAGAAAUCGAAAAUAUUACGAUAAGAAGACUAUAAUUUAAGCACCAAAUAUGACAAAUUCUCACUAUUAAUGGCGCGUGCUACAUUGACCCAAAAUAAACUGCGCAUGCUCAAUUAUACAAAUUGGGUAGGAUUAGUAUCAAAGAAUGAUUGGAAAAAAAUACCACCAAUAGUUUGGGUAUAAGGCAAUAUUUUUGUAUGUUUUACAGGUUUUCGAACCAAGGCAUUUAUCACCGUAGCUGGUGCUGAAUCAGUAAAACCUGGUUCAUUGCGAAUUACAGUUGUGGACGAAAAAGGUAGCGUGCGCGCUAAUGAACCUGUGACUGCUGUUGGAACAAGUGGUGUACGGUAUUUUGUCAGAUUUAACCCUCCUUCUGGACCUUUCAAACUCCAGUUACACGGCCAAACAAGAAAGGGCAGUCCAUUUGUACGAGAAACAUCCACCAAAGAUCAAACCGUGCCGGUUCUUCUGAAGUUGGCCUAUAAAGAAGACUCCAAUAUUCUUCGGCGAGGACAGACGACCAGGAUUACGGUUAAAAUUCUUCGCGGAAAAACUGGAGCUGCAAGUCAGAUGUACACAAUGAGUUUGAAAGAUGAACGAGGUUAUGGUUAUGUCUAUAGAUCCCCGAGACCUUGUUACCGUGGAAGACAAGGGUUUGCAGGAAUCAAGUUCGUUGUGCCAGCUGACGCUCCUGCUGGCAAGACAGAGAAUGUUAAACUAUCUCUGACAACAAAAGGAGAAACAAGCCCUGUUGCUUCUCUGAUGUUUUCUUUUCUUCUUCUGUAA